CUCUACUUGUCUAGUCUAUCUUAACUCCAAGAAAAAGAUGAGCUUCUCCACCCGCAGCAUCACCCAGCAAGGCCGAUUUAGUGGGGCUAGCACACAGAGGGCACGCAGUGUGGCAGGAGGUUCUGGAAGCAUUAGAAUGUCCACUGCAAGUGUCUCUAUGGGGGCCCCAAUCUAUAAUGGGAGUCAAGAUGCUGGAAUCUUUAGUAACAAUAGCAAGGAGACCAUGAACAAUUUGAAUGACCGUCUGGCUGCCUACCUGGAAAGGGUUCAUUCUUUGGAACAAGCUAACAGCGAACUGGAAGGUAAAAUCCGUGAGUUCUACGAGAGAAAGUCCUCCAUCAGUGCUUUUGACCCAAGUCAAUUAUAUAAGACAAUUAACAAGUUACGCUCUCAGAUCCUUGAGGCCACCACCGAUAAUGCCAAGAUAUUACUGCAGAUUGAUAACGCAAAACUCGCUGCUGAUGACUUCAAAAUGAAAUUUGAAUCAGAACUGGCCCUUAGGUUUGGAGUAGAAAAUGACACAGCUGGAUUGCGUAAGGCCCUGGAUGAGCUGACCAUCAACCGCUCUGAUCUGGAGCUGGAGAUUGAAGGCCUGAAAGAGGAGCUGAUCUUCCUGAAGAGGAACCAUGAAGAGGAACUGGCUGGUCUUAAGGGACAGAUUGGAGGAAAGGUCAACGUAGAAGCUGAUUUUGCUCCAGGUGUUGACUUGUCCAAGAUCCUUGCAGAAGUGAGAGAACAGUAUGAGAACAUGGCGGAGAAAAACCGUCAGGAGGUGGAGAACUGGUACCAAACACAGUCUGAAACCCUCAAGGAGGAAGUCAGCGUAUGGCAACAAAAUUCAGAAUAUUCUAGGAAAGAGAUCACAGAACUGAGACGUACAUCCCAGAGCCUGGAAAUUGAGCUACAAUCACUACUGCACAUGAAACAAUCUCUGGAAGGAACACUAGCCGAAACAAAUGAUAGAUAUGGAAACGAACUUAGGAAGAUCCAGAUUUUGAUCUCUCAGAAUGAACUCGAACUCCAGCAAGUGAGAUCAGACUAUGAGAACCAUUCUAUGGAAUAUAGAAGACUACUUGAUAUUAAGACAAGAUUGGAGCUAGAAAUUGCCACCUACAGGAGGCUCUUGGAAGGGGAAGACAUAAGCUUGUCAGCUCAGCAACGGGAAACACAGAAAAGUGUCAAAAUUGUCAGCAAGGAACAAGCCCAAAGUACCAGCACAACAACAAUCAAGACAGUAAAACUUGUUGAGGAAGUGGUAGAUGGAAAAGUGGUGUCCUCAUCAACUUCGGAAGAAGUGUCCAAGAUCUCAAGCUAGAAGUAUCAUGGAUGAGGAAUACAGUCCACAA